AUGCCAUUAGAUCUAUUUCAAUCUCUAACCCUCGGUCACAACUUAGUUUAACCAAACAAAAGUCUUGUUCUUUGACCGAGUACUUUGACAAUUAACAAGCUUUUAAUUGGCGAACAAGAAUAGGUCUGAGGUACAUAAUUUCAACAUUAUCUUAGAACACUGAAUAGAUACCUAGGUACAUGGUCACCGGACAUCUAUUCUUCCGUUCCAUUACCCUUACCCUUACUUACCCCCUUGUCUUCUCACCUACCUAAAUAAGUAGUAGGCCUACCCCAUGGAGUUACCUCCGCAAUUCAUGGCCAUUCUAUGUCAUGGUUACAUUAAUGAAAUCAAUCGAUCACUUGAUAAAAAGUAACCCGCCAUCUAUUUUUCUCGUAAAUAUCAUGUUCUAACAAAAUUCCUGGUUUUUCUCUGUGACCAUAAAGAAUAUCACACUCCCUUUACUAUACAAACUCUCAACCAAAGAUUCACCUUCCCCAGCUCCUUCAUAGUUCAACAUGGCCAUUGUUCAAGACUGGCUUCCUCCGAGCCAAGAAAAUUACAACAAACUCCUCUUUUGGUGGACUUUAUACCCUCUGUUUGCAUCGUUCCAAUGGCUAUCUUCCUGGUAUGGCAUGGGAAAGACUUCGGUCCAGAGUAAAUUCAACUUGCCCGGCAGGAUUGCCUGGAUUACAAUGGAGAGCCCUGGCUUCAUUACUCUGCUAUACAUCAUGAACACCCUACCCGCUCAGCACGGUAUUACCGACCUCCCAUGGCAGAACAAAGUCUUGGCUGCUCUUUUUGUUAUCCAUUAUACAUAUCGAGCUAUCAUUUUCCCCUUCAUUCAGCCAAGCAUGUCCCCUAUUCACGUCGUGGUCUGGGCUAGUGCCAUUAACUUUCAGCUCUCCAACGCCAUCAGUAUAGGCAGUUGGUUAGCAGCAUAUGGACCAACUACCCAGGAAGAGUGGGACGUCCAGAACGGCUCUAUUCUGCAAUUCUCGAUUGGUCUCGUUCUCUUCUAUGUCGGCCUUGCUGCCAACUACUUCUCGGACGAGGAACUGCGAGAGAUCCGCCGGAGCGAAUUACGACGUCAGGCGAAGCUGAAGCAGCAAGGGAAGACUGUCGAAAAACACUACGAAGUACCCCAAAAUGGGUUGUUCAAGUACAUGCUCUACCCCCACUACUUCUCGGAGUGGAUUGAAUGGCUUGGAUUUUGGAUCGCCGCUGGUGUUACCUGUGUCCCUGCGAGAUCCUUCUUGCUAAACGAAUUCGCUGCUAUGCUCCCCCGCGCCGUGUCCGGCGGAAAGUGGUACAAAGAGAAGUUUGGGGAAGAUAAGAUUAAGGGGAAAUAUGUCAUCAUCCCCGGCGUCUAUUAAUUAUGCGGACAGUCUAGCGGACGACUUUGUCUUGGGGGUUCAUAACCCCAAUAAUCCUUCUUGAGAAUGGGGGCAAGUGGGUUUGCUCAUAAUCAAUAAUUUUAAUCCUUCUUGCGUAUUGACGUGGGAACCUUUACGUGGACAGUCUUCACGAAGUUGACGUAGAUAUAGGUACCUAAUACAUUGAGUGUUACGAAUGCUAUAUUAUCAUCGUGGUUCCAGCGUACAACGAUUCCAUUUCUAAGCCUAUGCCGCGAUCUGAUUGGCUCGAAUAUUGUUGAUCGAAACUGUUCUGUGGUAUUCUAGGACCGAAAUAAGUCGAGACAUUGUUGACUAACAAUUUUACGAUACAUGGUUGUUAGCACAAACACAUCCUUUCCCCAAGUUGACCCCCCCUUCAUACAAUGGAUGGUUCCUGAACAUAUUUGAUUGAUUGAAAACAUGCAGUAAGAUCUGAAAAUGAAGCAUGUUCAGUGGAGAUUUCGGAUAUAAAUAUCUGCCGAUUCUCACAAGGUUUUAUCAGCCAUCUCACAGCGAUAAUAACUCACUACGAUUAGACAAUAUAUUUAUACGUUCAACAACAACUACUACACAACUCUAAUAAUAUUCACUCAGAAAUCUAACUCUUACCAUGGCACCAACGAUUCACAUCAUCCGCCACGCACAGGGUCUGCAUCAGCUUGCUAAG